UCUGGGCAGCCGGAGGCCGGGCUGCGCCUGCUGGACCCCGCGGCGGCGGCGGGAGCGCGGUCCCCGCGGAGCCGGCAUGAGCGAGGGCAGCGCUGGCGCCCCGGACCAGCGGGGCGCACACCCAGAGAACCUGUCUCUGGAUUCUAAUUGCUUCUCCUCUCCACCCGUGAACUUCCUUCAAGAACUGCCAAGCUAUUGUUCAGUUGCACGCAGGAGGACAAACAUCCUGUCCCGGGACAAGCAGAGUGGCACGCUGCUAAAGCCCACGGACUCUUACAGCUCCCAGCUGGAGGGUGGGAUAACCGAAAACCUCAACAGCCAGUCCAUCCGAAAGUAUGCGCUGAACAUCUCUGAGAAACGGAGACUAAGGGACAUUCAGGAGACACAGAUGAAGUAUCUGUCGGAAUGGGACCAGUGGAAGCGGUACAGCAGCAAGUCUUGGAAGAGAUUCCUGGAGAAGGCUCGCGAGAUGGCCACCCACCUGGAGCUGUGGCGCAAGGACAUCCGCAGCAUCGAAGGGAAAUUUGGCACUGGGAUCCAGUCCUACUUCUCUUUCUUGCGGUUCCUGGUGUUGCUGAACUUGGUGAUCUUUCUGAUCAUCUUUAUGUUGGUUUUGCUUCCAAUCUUGCUCACUAAGUACAAGAUCACCAACAGCACCUUCGUGCUCAUUCCGCUCAAAGACAUGGAUACACAAUGCACACUCUAUCCAAUAAGUAGUUCUGGGCUCAUUUACUUUUACAGUUACGUCAUAGACUUGCUUUCUGGCACUGGCUUCCUGGAGGAGACCAGCCUUUUUUAUGGACACUACACUAUUGAUGGUGUGAAAUUUAAAAACUUCACCUAUGAUCUGCCCCUGGCUUAUUUGGUAAGCACAAUUGCCUACCUCGCCCUGAGCCUCCUUUGGAUAGUGAAAAGGUCGGUGGAAGGGUUCAAAUCCAACCUGAUUCGGAGUGAGGAGCACUUUCAGAGUUACUGUAACAAGAUCUUCGCGGGCUGGGACUUCUGCAUCACCAACCGCAGCGUGGCAGAGCUCAAGCACAGCAGCUUGCGGUACGAGCUCCGAGCGGAUCUGGAGGAAGAGAGGAUACGGCAGAAGAUCGCGGAGAGGACCCCCGAAGAGACGAUCCGCAUUUACUCCUUGCGGCUGUUGCUCAACUGCGUCGUUCUGGCUGUGCUAGCCGUGUGCUUUUAUGCCAUCUACUUAGCAACCACCUUCUCCCAAGAGCACAUGAAGAAAGAAAUGGACAAGAUGGUUUUUGGGGAGAACCUCUUGAUUCUGUACCUCCCAUCCAUUGUGAUCACACUGGCCAAUUUCAUCACCCCUAUCAUCUUCGCCAGGAUCAUCCACUACGAGGAUUACUCCCCCGGCUUUGAGAUACGCCUGACAAUUCUUAGAUGCGUCUUUAUGCGACUGGCCACCAUCUGUGUAUUGGUGUUCACACUGGGCUCCAAGAUCACAUCCUGUGAUGACAACACAUGUGAACUCUGCGGCUAUAACCAGAAACUCUACCCGUGCUGGGAGACUCAGGUCGGACAGGAAAUGUACAAACUGAUGAUCUUCGACUUCAUUAUCAUCCUGGCCAUGACUCUCUUUGUGGAUUUCCCUAGGAAGCUCCUGGUGACUUACUGCUCCUCUUCAAAGCUGAUCCAGUGCUGGGGGCAGCAGGAGUUCGCCAUCCCAGACAAUGUCCUGGGCAUCGUGUAUGGGCAGACCAUCUGCUGGAUCGGAGCCUUCUUCUCUCCACUGCUCCCUGCGAUUGCCACCUUAAAAUUUGUUGUUAUCUUUUAUGUGAAAGAGUUGAGUCUUCUUUACACCUGCAGACCCUCCCCAAGGCAGUUCAGAGCAUCCAAUUCUAACUUCUUCUUCCUGUUGGUGCUGUUGAUUGGGCUGUGCUUGGCUAUAAUACCUCUGACAAUCAGCAUGUCACACAUCCCUUCCUCGAAAGCUUGUGGACCAUUCACCAAUUUUAACACCACCUGGGAGGUCAUUCCACAGACGGUGAGCACUUUCCCCAGCUCACUGCAGACCCUGAUCCACGGCAUGACGUCGGAAGCCUUUGCAGUGCCUUUCUUCAUGAUCAUCUGCCUCGUCAUGUUCUACUUCAUCGCCCUGGCUGGAGCACACAAGCGAGUAGUCGUCCAGCUCCGAGAGCAACUGUCCCUGGAGAGUCGCGACAAGCGCUAUCUCAUCCAGAAACUAACAGAAGCCCAGAGGGAUGUACAGAGCCAGUCUGAUUGAGCAGGAAGGUGCAAUCUGUUGCUUACUGAGACCACAUGACCCUGCUACACCUGUAACGUCCACCUGGGUUUUGAGUGGAAGUUCUUCUGGACUUUAGGGCUUUUCCUCAUAGGAACUAGCCAUGUUUACAUGAUUUAUCCCUUAGCCAGGACUUUGAAUGACAGCAAAGUGGACCUCAAUCCAGGUCUCUACCAAAAAAAACCCCAAAAAACCCUUGUUGGUUUUUAAGCUUUAUAACCAAAGUCAGGGAGCAGAGACUUUUGUUUUCAUUUAUUAGACUUGUAUUUUUUAAAGCUUAUCUGUUUUGUCUUUCAAAGUAAAUCAGAGUUCACCCAUCCCUGAGACUGGGUGAUUUCUUUGGAACCUGUUUCCAUGCUAAGUGACCCUCUUGAACGUUCCUAGUGACUUAAAAUGAAAUCUGAUACUAUUUAAAAUGAUGAGAAAUCUUUGAAGUCUAAGGACUGGAACAGCUGGUAGAAAUGAGGUGAGGUUGCCAUGGCAGCAGAAAGAAGAGUCAGUCCCCUAUGUGGCUGAGCUACCCUUGACUUCUCGCCUUGGUCAAGCCUUUUGAGCAGGGCAACUUGGCAGGUUGCAGCCUUGACUUCUCAGCUUUCUAGAUAUUUUCUGCAGUCUCAUUCACUCCUCGGGGGAAAUGUUCUUUAGCAGGCUGGUUAUCCACUGGCCUUUCAUUUCUACCUGGUCCCAAGAUCUGAGACUUAGUAGACAAAACUAUAGAUGGUUAAAAACUCGAGAGGCAGGCUGGAGAGAUGGCUCUGUGGUUAAGAACACUUGCUGUUCUUCCAGAGGACCAGGGUUCAAUUCCCAGCACCCACACUGCAGCUAACAACCACGGGUAACUCUA